AUGCAUUCCAAACUCACUGCUUUCCUCCUCCCUCUGCUCGCCACGGCGACACCACUCAAGCGAGCCGAUGGUCCCAACCCCAAUGAUAUCACCAUCUUGGAUACUACCUACUCUGGCAACGGAUGCCCCCAGGGCUCCGUCUCCACCAGCAAGUCCGCCGACAAGACUGUCAUAACCUACGGCUUCGACAAAUUCCAAGCCUACAUCGGCCCGGGCACCGUCCCCUCAGACCGCAGCAAAAACUGCCAAAUCCACCUAAACCUCCGGUACCCGGGCGGCUUCCAAUACGCCGUCGUCGACGCCACGUACCACGGCUGGGCGCGCCUCGACGCAGGCGUAAACGGCACCUUCAUCACGACCUACUACUUCAGCGAGGACGCGGGCAAGACGCAAACAACACGCAUGUCCGUGUCCGGCGGCGGCGCCUUUGCCAACGGCCUCGUCUACACCAAGCAAGACGCCGUCGAGACCACCGCCACCAUCUGGAGCCCGUGCGGCGCAAACGGCAUUCUCAACGUCAACAAUCGUAUUGCGCUUACGAGUAAGAAUGCCGAUGCCGCCGGCGAAAUGAGUAAUGAUGAUGCUACGGUUGCGUUUACGCAUCAGUUGCAUGUCGCGUGGAGGGAGUGCAAGACUACGAGUGGUGGGACGGCGACGGGCGGCGAUUCGAUUGGUAUUGGAAGCCCGAAUGCUGAGAUUGAUUUUGUUUAG